AAAACUAAAACAAAAACAACACGGAGAAAAAUAUGUAGAGAGAUUGAGAUUCCUUCAGAUUCCGACACAGAAAUUCAAACAGAAGCCCUCGACACCACAAACCUCUUUUCUCCGCAUUACAGAAGUACUGUCAGGCACGGGCCAACUUUUAAAGGUCAGGCUGUCUGUCCCCGCCGGCAGGUUCGGCCCUCGCGGGCAGAUUCAGAAGCGGAUUGGCGCUUCGGAUCCCGUCCCAGCUUUGGACCAGAGCUAUGCAACACCCAGAGGGAAUUUGGAGAAACCCGGGUGGCCGCGGCUGGCGCGCUGACUCCGGUCUCCUCCGUUCUUCUGCCUGGAUCAGAGGAGACAGAGAGGGUGGAGGGGAACCCUCCUUGGGAAGCCGCAGUCUCAGGGCGUUCAGGGAGCGGAAUUAACGGUUUAACCGGGACAAGGAGCAGGCACGUAGGGCAGGUGAGAGGCGAAGGUAUGCACUGAGUGGUCCCGCGUCAGUGCCCAAGGAAGACGGAAAGUCGAAACAGACGAGGAGGUAGGACCUACUUCGAGUGGUUUCAUCGUCUGGUCCAUUCUCGAGGAAAACCAAAGCCAGGCGGGGCCGGGCGGGAGCGGCGCCCUCGGGUCUGGGAGCGCGACCUGCGUGACCUCGCUGCGACCAGGGCAGAGCUCCUCCGCCCCGCGGGCAGGCGCCGGCUUGGGUGGCCCGGGGGAAUGGCGAUCAUUGCUUCCACAAGCUUUUGCUGCGCGCUUGAGGGCGGCGCACGGUCCGGAGCGCCCCCGCCGCGUGCCCUGGGUUUUUGAGGGCUCUCAAAGGCAAGGCAGGUGCGCUCAGGGCGGCCCUUCCCGUGGAGCGGGCUUCACGCGCACCGCGACCCGCCGCCCCGAGUGGAGGUCGAAGAUGCGAAGGGGGCAAAAGAGGCUCAGUUACCGCGCGGCGCAUCCGGUAUUCUUGCGCCUCGGCCCUUUUCCUCCUUCUCCUUGCCCUUUCCUAUUCCUAGUUUAUUAUCCCGAGCGGAUUGGGGCUGGGCCAAGCCUGGGACCCGUUUCCUGCCUCUUUGGAGCCGGUAAAGCCGUUUUCCGCGGGGAAAGGAGCUGCAGGUGGGAGCGCAGACGGCGCGCUUUGAGAGAGGAGGCUGGGCUGUAAGCCCUCUUCCUCCCCAUGUCCUUUUCAUGCCAAGAAUUUGGGAAGACAAACCCAAACCCCAGCGUGGGCGGCACAAACUUUCCGUGACUUUUUAACCCUUAGAAAGCAGCUCUCCUAUUUUGGGAGCAGCUCCUCCGGGACAGAGCCUGGAGGAAGCCCGCGGGUCCCCGCGCUUCGCGCUCCCUGCCGGUGUUGGAGCCUCGGUUUCUUGCCCUGCUCCCCGCGCUGAGCGGACCUUGAAGAGCCCUCCAGACAUGGCAGGCGCAAGAGAGACGAGGUCUCUACCUGGGCAGCCGCUAAGUCCUCAAUUUUAUAGGAGCCCUGCUCCAAAUGGAGCACAAAUCAACCAUUUUGAGGCUCUGCAGUUGCGGAGAUCCCCCAGUGUGCUGGCUGCAACCAGCAUAUUCUGGACAAGUUCAUCCUGAAGGUCCUGGACAGACACUGGCACAGCUCCUGCCUCAAGUGUGCAGAUUGCCAGAUGCAGCUGGCUGACAGGUGCUUCUCCAGGGCUGGGAGCGUCUACUGCAAGGAGGACUUUUUCAAGCGCUUCGGCACAAAAUGCACAGCCUGCCAGCAGGGCAUCCCCCCGACCCAGGUGGUCCGCAAGGCGCAGGACUUCGUCUACCACCUGCACUGCUUCGCCUGCAUCAUCUGUAGCCGGCAGCUGGCCACGGGGGACGAGUUCUACCUCAUGGAGGACGGGCGGCUGGUGUGCAAGGAGGACUACGAGACGGCCAAGCAGAAUGAUGACUCAGAGGCCGGGGCUAAGCGGCCGCGGACCACCAUCACAGCGAAGCAACUGGAGACGCUGAAGAACGCCUACAAGAACUCCCCCAAGCCCGCGCGGCACGUGAGGGAGCAGCUGUCCUCGGAGACAGGCCUGGACAUGAGGGUGGUACAGGUUUGGUUUCAGAACAGAAGGGCCAAGGAGAAGCGGCUGAAGAAGGACGCGGGGCGACACCGCUGGGGGCAGUUCUACAAGAGCGUCAAGCGGAGCCGGGGAGGCAGCAAGCAGGAGAAGGAGAGCUCUGCGGAGGACUGUGGGGUUAGUGACAGUGAGCUGAGCUUCCGAGAGGAUCAAAUACUCUCAGAACUUGGCCACACCAAUAGGAUUUAUGGCAACGUGGGGGACGUUACAGGCGGACAGUUAAUGAAUGGGAGCUUCUCCAUGGACGGGACAGGACAAUCCUAUCAGGACUUGAGGGAUGGGAGCCCCUAUGGAAUCCCCCAGUCUCCAUCCUCCAUAUCGUCCCUGCCAUCCCACGCUCCUUUGCUCAAUGGGCUGGAUUACACGGUGGACAGUAAUUUGGGCAUCAUUGCGCAUGCAGGGCAGGGAGUAAGCCAGACGCUGAGAGCCAUGGCUGGGGGACCGACCUCUGACAUCUCCACAGGAAGCAGUGUAGGCUACCCCGACUUUCCAACUAGCCCAGCCUCUUGGCUCGAUGAAAUGGAUCAUCCUCCUUUUUAAACACCUCUCCUCCCCGCCCUAUCCGUCCUUCUGGCUUGAGAGAGUAUCUUCAAGGAUCAAGAGACUUGCCUUUUAAGGAUCAAAAGUGCACCAAUGUGAAUUUCCAUUAUUUUCAAUGGGAAGUCCUCUGCUGAUCCCUGGGAGGUCUUGGGACCCCAGUAGGGUGUGUUUUUCUGGGAAGGGGUGGGAGAGCAGCCUCCUCUCAGAACACAGCACAGGGGCGCAGAGCCCCGAGCGCUAGGAUGCUGGCUUGUUGGCUCCUCCCCCGUCCUGCUUACAGGCUUUGGCUGCUCAGUGCUUGGUUGACGGGGUGACUCUCGGGCCACGCUGGCCUUCGGGAACUCUGCUCCAACUGGAGCGUCUCCUGAGCGUCUCCAGAGCCACUGGUCUCACCAGAACCGAGAUUCCUGAGGUUGGGGCACCAUGGCCCUGGAGUGUGGAUAGAAGUGAUUUCUGCACCA